AUGACGUGUUGGUGGACCCCCAUUCGAGGGGAUGAAUGCCGGAGGGUGCCAGAAAGGGUGAAUCAUGAAAGGAGGAGAAAGGCUGAGGAGACCUUAGCAUGGCACAAGACAGAAAUUGCGCAGUCGUGGCCAAUCCGGAGAAACUGGUGGUCCCUCCAAGUGGCCUAUCAAAGGAAGACGCUGGCCAAGUGCCAGUUUAAAACAGAUGCCAAGCUGGGAAUUGCGCCAAGUGAUUCUCGCUGGGAUCGAGUGCCAGACGGGGAACGGAGCUGCUCUCCAAUCCAAAGGGAACGGAAGGGCUCCUGCUUCGGAGUGAAGGGCUCCGCUUGGAGCAAGGAGGAGGAGGCCGCCCGCGUGGGUGGAAGCGAGGGAGGGUUUGGCGCCUCCUCCUCCUCAGCCAGCCCCGCCUCGGCUCCUCCUCCUCCGGCUGCCGGGCCAGACGGAGGAGGAGAAAGAGGAGCCGCCCCGAGGCCACUGCGCGCCAGCCGCCAGGCGGUGGGCGCUGCCAGGCACAAAGGGCCGCCCGGAGAUCGGAGACAGAAGGAUCCUCGCGCCCAGCAGCCGGCAGCUCCGGGUCGCCUGCUGCCGGGCAAGCUUGCAGCUCGCGCGGCGGCUCCCUUGGCCUUUGUACCCGCCAGCCCCGAACGGGAACUCCCAAAGAAGCACGGCCUUCCCCCUCCUGCUCUGCAGCCAAACUCUCCUCUUGGAAACAAGGAGGGGCGUGAUCCCUCGCCGGCAGCAGGCGGUGGAGAGCGGGAGACCGCAGGCGGAGCCGGCUCGCUGGGCAGACUUGGCGCGGCGGAAUGCAAGCCUAGCAAAGCGGCCGGGGGAGGGAGGGAGGGAAAAGAGGCUUUCUCCGGGAGCUCCUGCAAGCGGGGCUUUGUGCGGCGGCCUCCGGGAGCGCCCAAGGAAAGCAGAGCUGGAGAUGCCAAGAAGUCCCAGGGUUGGAUCUGGGGGAAGACGGCUUGCAACCGCGGGGAAAUGGCUCUGAAGGCGGUCUGGCUGGGCGCUCCAACCCGUGACGCUUUCUCGGUGAAGAUGUCGUCCAUGGACCCCCUGCCUCCAGCCACCCCUCCCUCCCAGAAACCCACGCGCAUCAUCAAACCUCGCCCGCCCACCAGGCCCCGGCCUUAUCUGCCUCCCCGGCCGGACUCGAGCAAGCUGCUCCGUGGCCCCACCCCACCUUUGCCGCCGGAGGGCUCUGUGGCAAAUGAUGGAUGCCGCAAGGUCGUCGAACCCCCGUGCAGCACCGAGCGGCAGCUCCACAUCCUGCAGAACUCGGGAGCCGUGCGGAAGAUUGUGGUUCGUUUUGACCAUGUGGAUCCGGAGAAGGACGAGGCCGACAAGCCGACGCGGCCGACUUUGAAUGGCAGCCAGAUCCCCGUCCCCGUGGCUGAGAAUGGGGAACGGGAGAUGGGGGAGGAAAAAGAAGUCCAGGGGCAGCUGGAUUCUAGUGAGGACACCCCUCUCUCCACAUCGAGCACAGUGGAGCAGAAUGGCAUCGAAUCCCGUGUUUCCUGCCCCUCGGCCUGUCCCUGCGUCUGCCAUCAGCAGCGGCCAGGCAUGGUCUUGACAUGGGUUCCGGCACCUUCUCAACGAGCCGAACGAGAGGACGGCGAGGAAGGGCCUGCCUCAGAUCUGUCGUCCUCUGCCGACGAGGGAGGGACGCACUUUCGCCACCUCCUGGUGCUCAACCCCCCGCCCGCCAAGCCACCCGCCAAAGGCGGCAGGGCCCUCAAAUCCCAUCGUUCUCCUCGGAGCAAGAAACCCCCUGACCCGCCGCCCUCAGCGAAUGGGCACGCCGAGGGCAGCGUGGUGCUGACGGGGUAUCGCUCCACGGCUGAGCCCCUGCCCCCACGUUGUCCCCCCUUGAUGCCCAAGCCCCCCCGCCGCAGCAAGGGCGGGUCCCCGGCCUUUUUCGACAGCGAGCCUGUGCCCCCCGCCAUCCCACCCAAAGCCCCGGUGAAACCGCCUCGCAGCUCCUUGGGGCCCCUUUCCUUUCCCCGCAGGGGUUCCCUCCAGUUCCCCCUUGAGUCCAGCCACGUUCCAAACGACAUCUCGCCCGUCUCUGCCGGGGAAGGCCUCCUCCUGUCGCCCCCCUCCCAGCCCCCACCGCCCCCGCCUUCUUCCCAGACGUCACCGCCUGUGCCGCUCCCUCACCAGCAGUCUAGCCCGCUUACUUCCUGCCAGCUUCCUGCCACCCUGACUCCCCCUCCCCCGGCCCAGCCUCCUCCUCCACUGCCUCAGGGGCUGCCCCCGGCGCCAACUCAGCCCCCGCCGCCCUUGGAGAACGCCUCAGUGGAUGAACACCAGAGUCAAGGUAGCUGUGAAACGGACUGCCCAGCUUCAGGUGAAUCUGACGCAGAGACCCCAAAGGACAGACCUUCUUCAGUGCUGUCCCCUAAAGGCCCGGACUGGGGACUCUGCUUACAGGAUGAGCCCUUGUACCAAACGUACCGCCAGGCCGUCAUCUCCAAGGAGAUCAAGAGGCAAACGGUCCCUCGCAACAGCAGCUUCAGCAGCUCGGACUACGGGGCCCCGUCCCCCGGCGAAGGUCCCGCUGGGCCUCGCGGCCCUGUCCCUCACAGCACGCUGUGGCAGGAGCUGCCGGCAGUGCGAGAGAGCGGCCUGCUGGGAAACAUGAACUCUGAGGAGAGGAAGAUGCAGGAGAGCCUUUUUGAGGUGGUGACGUCGGAGGCCUCCUACCUGCGGUCGCUGACUCUGCUAAUCGAGCACUUCAUGGAGUCUCGGGAACUGGCAUCCACCAUCCUCCUGCGGGAGCACCGCAUCCUCUUCUCCAACAUCCGCAAGGUCAAGGAGGUCAGCGAAAGAUUUUUGCAUGACUUGGAGGGCCGCCUCGCCGAGAGUCUGCAGAUCUCAGACGUCUGUGACAUUGUGGAGGAACAUGCAAAGCAAAGCUUCUCCGUCUACAUCGACUACGUGCGCAACCAGCUCUACCAGGAGAAAACAUACAGCACCCUCAUGGAGAAGAACCCCCAGUUUGCCGUUGUCGUGACUCGCCUGCAGGAGCUGCCGGAGUGCCAGCGUCUCCCCUUCAUGUCCUUCCUGCUGCUGCCUUUCCAGAGGAUCACCCGCAUCAAGAUGCUCAUAGAGAACAUCCUGCGUCGGACGGAGGAGGGCUCUUUGCGAGAGCAGAACGCCAUGAAAGCAUUGGCCUCCGUUUCCAAGAUCAUAGAAGAGUGCAACUCAGAGGUGGGGCGCAUGCGUCACAUGGAGGAGCUGAUCCACAUCGCCAGCAGGAUCGAGUUCGACAAGCUGAAGGCUGUGCCCAUCAUCUCCCAGAGUCGGCAGCUCCUGAAGCAGGGCGAGCUGUUGGAGGUGGUGCAUCGAGGGACCAUCUUUGGCAACAAGCCCAAACUGGUCCCUAUAUACCUCUUCCUCUUCAACGAUCUCCUCCUCAUCACCCAGCGGAAGAGUUCGGAACGCUUUGUCGCGCUGGAUUACGCCCACCGCUCGCUCGUGCAGGCCCAGGGCUGCGGGGACACGCCUGCGGGCAACAGUGCCGAAAACAGCUUCUACCUGACCCUGCUCGAGAACCACCAAGGCCGAAGCAUCGACCGCCUGUGCCGCGCCCCCGCACAAUCAGACAUGCAUCGCUGGAUGGGCGCCUUCCCCUGCCAUGAAUCCCAACCGAACAACAAGCAGGAGACCAUCUAUGAGGACUGGGACUGUCCUCAGGUGCAGUGCAUUGAGGCUUACGUCGCUGCCCAGGCUGACGAACUCAGCCUCGAACCCACCGACAUCGUCAAUGUCCUUCGUAAGACCAACGAGGGCUGGUAUGAGGGUCUCCGCUUAGCCGACGGCAGGAAGGGCUGGUUCCCCUCGCGCUACGUGCAGGAGAUCACGAACGAGCACGUGCGGCGGCGCAAUCUCCGGGAGAGGUACCGCGUCCUGCAGGCUGCCCGCCAGCUUCAACUGACGCGCAGCAGCCACAGCAAGGGCAAGUACAGUUCCGCUUGAGAUUACACUUGCAGAUGCACAAAGUGACCAUCGGGAGCGCCAGAAGAUGCCAGCUUACGCAUGCGCCU